AUGGCGGCUCGGGAGAGGGGCGGGGACUACAGAGGAUUCAUCCUGCUCUCCAUCCUCCUGGGGACCCAGAGGGAAGUUUCGGCAGGACAUAUUCUCUAUUCCAUUCCGGAGGAGACAGACACAGGGUCUUUUGUGGGUAAUAUCGCCAAGGACCUGGGGUUGGAGCCCUGGGAGUUGGCGGAGCGGGGAGUCCGCAUCGUCUCCAGAGGUAGGACGCAGCUCUUUGCUCUGAAUCCGCGAAGCGGCAGCUUGGUCACCGCGGGCAGGAUAGACCGGGAGGAGCUCUGCGCUCAGAGCGCGCGGUGUCUGGUGAACUUUAACAUCCUGAUGGAAGAUAAAAUGAAUCUUUACCCUGUAGAAGUGGAAAUAAUGGAUGUUAAUGACAACACUCCUAAAUUCCUGACGGAAGAAAUGAAUGUGAAAAUAAUGGAGAAUACAGCUCCUGGGGUGCGAUUUCCGUUAAAUGAGGCUAGGGAUCCGGAUGUGGGCACGAACUCUCUCCAGAGCUACCAUCUCAACCCCAAUCGCCACUUCUCCCUGGUUGUGCAAACUGGAGAGGAUGGAACUAAAUAUCCGGAAUUAGUGCUGGAGCGGGUGCUGGACCGGGAGGAAGUGACAACUCACCACCUCCUCCUCACAGCCUCUGACGGCGGUGAUCCACCCCGAUCUGGAACCGCCCGCGUUCAAGUAACAGUGGUGGACAUGAAUGAUCAUGCGCCAGUCUUCUCUUUGCCCCAAUACCAAGUAACCGUCCCUGAGAACGUGCCAGUGGGCACAAGACUACUCACGGUAAAUGCUAUCGACCUGGAUGAGGGAGUCAAUGGGGAAGUGACAUACUCUUUUAGGAAAAUAACUCCAAAAAUUCUACAGAUAUUCCAGCUGAACUCCCACACAGGAGAAUUAUCAACUUUAGGUGGCCUAGAUUAUGAAGAAUCUGGCUACUAUGAAAUGGAAGUUCAAGCUCAGGAUGGUCCUGGUAGCAUGACAAGGGCUAAAGUACUGAUCACAAUUUUAGAUGUGAAUGACAAUGCCCCGGAAAUGACUGUAACAUCUGUAAGCAGCUCAGUCCCCGAAAACACUCCUCCUGGAACAGUAAUUGCUCUUUUCUACCUUCAAGACCGAGAUUCUGGGAAAAAUGGCCAGGUGACCUGCACUGUUUCAGAAAAUCUGCCUUUUAAAUUAGAAAGAUCAAUAGACAAUUAUUAUAGAUUGGUGACAGCAAAAAACCUAGACCGGGAAAAAUUUUCUGUAUAUAACAUCACACUGAAAGCCACAGAUGGUGGAAGCCCUCCCUUGUCCACGGAAACUCACAUCUCCGUGAAUGUGGCAGACACCAACGACAACCCACCUGCCUUCCCCCACUCCUCCUACUCCGUCUUUGUGCCUGAGAACAACCCCAGAGGCACCUCCAUCUUCUCUGUGACUGCAUGUGACCCUGACAGCCAUGAGAACGCCCGUGUCACAUACUCCGUGUCUGAAGAUACUCUCCAGGGGGCAUCUGUAUCCUCCUAUGUUUCCAUCAACUCCAAUACUGGUGUCCUAUAUGCAUUGCGCUCCUUCGACUAUGAGCAGUUUCAUGACCUGCAAUUGAGAGUGACUGCAAGUGACAGCGGGGAUCCGCCGCUCAGCAGCAACGUGUCUCUGAGCAUAUUCGUGCUGGACCAGAAUGACAACACACCUGAGAUUCUGUACCCUGCCCUUCCCACUGACGGUCCCACGGGUGUGGAGCUGGCACCCCGCUCUGCAGAGCCCGGAUACCUGGUGACCAAGGUGGUGGCUGUGGACAGAGACUCGGGCCAGAACGCUUGGCUGUCCUACCGCAUGCUCAAGGCCAGCGAGCCGGGACUCUUCGCGGUGGGGCUGCACACGGGCGAGGUGCGCACAGCGCGGGCCCUGCUGGACAGAGACGCGCUCAAGCAGAGCCUGGUGGUGGCGGUGCAGGACCACGGCCAGCCCCCUCUCUCUGCCACUGUCACACUCACGGUAGCUGUGGCUGACAGCAUCCCAGAUGUGCUGGCCGACCUGGGGAGUCUCGAGCGCUCCGCCGACUCUGGCGACUCCGUCCUCACGCUGUACCUGGUGAUGGCCGUGGCCGCGGUGUCCUGCGUCUUUCUUGCCUUUGUCAUCGUUCUACUGGCGCUCAGGCUGAGGCGCUGGCACACGUCGCGCCUGCUCCGGGCUUCAGGAGGCGGGUUGGAGGGCGUGCCCGCCUCUCACUUUGUGGGUGUGGACGGAGUGCGGGCUUUCCUGCAGACCUAUUCCCACGAGGUCUCGCUCACCGCGGACUCGCGGGGGAGUCAAGUGAUCUUCCCGCAGCCCAACUACGCUGACACGCUCAUCAGCCAGGAGAGCUGUGAGAAUAAGGAUCCCUUGUUAACAUCCAUAGAUUUUCAUGAAUGUAAGGAUAAAGCCCAAAGUAUUCAGGUGAGUUCAAUCAUUCAUUUAUCUUUAUAUUCUUCGAAGAACUAUAUUUUGUGUUAA